AUGGUCACGGGGCACGACCCAAAAUCGCACCUUUCCCUUUCCCCACCCCGUCCACAGGGAAACUCUCCAAUCCCUAGCACUUCCCUCCUCCGCCGCCGCCUUCAUGCCGCCCCGACGCCGCGGCCGCGGCCGCCGCCGAGCACAGAGCCCAGAGCCCACCUCCCGUCCUCCCUCGCCGCCGCCUUUCAUGCCAGAGCUCACCUCCUGUCCUCCCUCGCCGCCGCCUCCCAUGCCACAGCGCACCUCCUCCCAUGGAAAUCUCCCAGCAACUUCCGCCGCCGCCUCGACGGGCGACCUGAUGCCUGCUCCUCCUAUGGAAAUCCCCAAGCAACUUCUGCCGCCGCCUCGACGGGCGACCUGAUGCCUGCCUCCUCCUAUGGAAAUCUCCAAGCAACUUCCGCCGCCGCCUCGGCGGGCGACCUGAUGCCUGCCUCCCAAGAUAGGCCUCACGCCUCCCCCUCCCCCUCCACCGGCGACGCUCUCCGUCCACGGCUGCACAUGUCAAGAUGGCGCGAGGAGAGGGAAAGAGAGACAGCACUGUUGGAGACUUCCUCUUCCUCUAUGCCACAAGCUACAAGGCAUGAGGAGAGGGAAAGAGAGACAACACUGGAGGAGACUUCCUCUUCCUCUACACAAACCACAAGGUUUAAGGUGCCAGAUCUCUUGUCAUUGAAGCUUGACAUAAAUCUCUUGGCUGAUUCAUGUAUUUCGACAUUGGUGCCCACUGGUCUUAUGAUAAAAUAUUUUGUGAGAGUUGACAAUGAUGGAAUUUUCCAUACGUAUCCUGACUGUGGUGGACCAUUUGAGAGCAUAAAGGAAGUUCAGGAAGCCAUUGACUCCCACCAUGCUGUUCAGCGAAAAAACAUAUGCAUGGAUGGACUUACCGACGAGGAGAGGGCUAUCCGAUAUGCUCUUUACUGGUAUCAUAAUGGCACACGAAAGCACUCCCAAGAAGCUUUUGAUUCCUGUACGACCAAUCUCCCUACAAAGGAAUUGGUUAAGGCUGUACUCGACAAAUACAACGAGGACAAUGGUCUUGUCGGAGAUCUUGCAUAUGAACUAGAAGAUAUUGUGAGGCACAAAGCAUGUUUUGACGGGAAAGAUUGCAUUUAUAGAUCUUACGCUCAUUUCAAUCUCACUAUGAAGACUAAAGGAGCUGCGAACAAGGAUCUGUACUUUGCUGAAGUCACACGUAUGGACGGUGAUUAUGAAGCGUAUGUGCUCACCUGUUUCUGCAUGGUCAAACCUGAUGACAAUGGUGAAUGCCAUGUGUGUGGAGCUGACAUGAAGCACCCUGCUCAUGAUGGAUACAACCGUGGCCGCCCCUUUAUUUCAUAUAGACAUGGUAGACGUCCACGUGGAGUUCCUUUAUUUGAGAAGUUAUUUGCCAUGCGUGAUGAAGCUUGGCUGAAAGAAGAGGAGGAUAGGGUGAGACGUAUGAUCAAGGAAGGGAAGGAGGAAAGGCGCAAGUUUCAUACCGGCUAGACGACGGAGGAACUUCUCCCUCCGCCCUAUAGUAUAAGAGCGUUUUUGACACUAGUGAAAUGGAACUUUACUGAAUAGCUUCCAUCUUCAGAACACCACUUGGUGGCGUGUUGUUACUCUGGUUAGGAUUUAAUUAAUCUCCAUCGUUUACCGUUGCACCUAGUAA